GUUGAAUGGCAGCUGUCAGGGUCUCAUCUGUAGUGCUUGGAUUCAGGAGUGGCAGGAUAUUCUGAUUUCUACAUGUAGGAUAACCAAAGACUUCAAAGAACUGACUUCGAUGGUAGCUACUUCAAGUGAGUAAAGUGUUUUUGCCUUAUGUGUCAUGGCAACCAGCGAGGCAGCAGCAGAAUUGAUUUGCAAAAGGACCAGCUGUGAGCUGUACUGGGUCUGGAGUCAGCUGACCAUCUGAACCCAGGUCAUCGACAUUACUUUCUGGUGUUGGCAUCAUGGUGUAUCUGGCCCACACAGCACAUUGGCAGUUCCUGGGCCUGGUGAUCGGUUGUGUCGGCUGGAUCCUAACCAUGGUCACUGCUGGCCAGAACGAGUGGCGAAUUUGGUACGUAGAGGAUGUCUCUAAUGUAGCGUCUGGCACGGCCUGGGUGGGUGUGUGGCGGGCCUGUUUCUAUAGCCACACCCUCCCUGACUUUGAGUUCUGCCGGUCAAUUGGCAUCACUGACCCAUUCAUUCCCUUGGAAAUACCUGUGUCUCAGGUGAUGGUCAUGGUGACAGUGAUCCUGGGUCUCACAGGGAACAUGGUUGGAGCAUACGCUGUGAGGAACAUCUACUUUGGUGAGAAGACUUCUAACAUCAUAAGGCUUCUGUUCACUGGGGCUGGAGUGCUGUAUGUCCUGACAGGAGCCAGCUGCUUGAUGCCUCUGAUUUGGAACAUGACAUCCAUUCUGACCAAUCAGACAAUAACCUUUCCUCCAGAGUUCCACCUCCCCCCUGCCCCCACCACACAGAAAGUGGGAGUGGCUAUCUGGAUCGGCAUCAGUGCUUCCAUCUUAUUGUUCUUCAGUGGCAUCCUCUUCCUCUGCUACAGUUAUCCAACUGAGGCAUCAAGGCCGGCAACUCAGCCAACCAGUGGAGACAAGCACCUUGAGCAUGGGACAGCCAUGUUCAUGUCUAAACUAGAGAAUGGAAAUGAGGUCAGCAGCCGAGCCAGAGACAACAUAGUCUUCCAGGCUGAGGAGGACCUCUAGUGGUGAGAAGGACUUCUAGUGGUGAGGAGGACUUCUAGUGGUGAGGAGGACCUCUAGUGGUGAGGAGGACUUCUAGUGGUGAGGAGGACCUCUAGUGGUGAGGAGGACUUCUAGUGGUGAGG